AUGACACUGACUUUCUCCAUCCUGAAGCUCGUAAAGGAAAGGGCAGAGAUUAGACAGAGCUUCGUCGAUUUCGUGGACAGUGUACUUGCUAGGCAGGGUGAUUCUCCUAUCAAGAAAUUCUCCCUACGGUGUCUAACUGGUGUCCAUCCAGAUAUUGUGAAUCGUUGGAUAUGCAAUGUCCUGAAGCGUGGUGUUUCUGAGCUUGACCUCUUCACUAAUUUUCCGACGAGGAUACCGGAAAUGAUGGUUAUCGUCUGCCUAGAGAGUUGUUCUUCAGUAAGUCUUGAUCUCGACUCGGACUCGCAGCUGGUGUUUUCUGAGAAGUUUAUUCCUUCUUUCCCUGCUCUUGAGGAAUUGCGAAUUGAUAACAUGGAGUGGAAUGAAAUGAAUGUAACCGUGUCAAGUGCAAGCCUCAUAAAGAUAGAUGUCCAAGCUGGUUAUGAAGUUGAGGCUUCAAUCGAUCUUAUUAUAAAGGAUGAUCACGUCAAGCGACUAAGAGAGCCAGAUAAUGAUUUGUUAGAGGAGGAUGAUGGCCAUGUUGAUGUUCUCAAAUUUGGCAAUGCGGUGAAGCUCAUGAAUGGCAUACAAAAUGUUCAGAAACUUGACUUAAGUGCUGAUACUAUAGAGGUGCUUGCUCUAUGCUGUGAAUCGAUGCCUGUGUUCAACAACGUCAGAAUCUUAGGUGUUGUUGGUGAAGAAGAUCGAGGAUGGCAAGCAAUGCCAGCUCUUCUAAGGAACUGUCCGCGUUUAGAAACUAUCACCGUUCAGGGACUAAUACACGAUGUAACUGAUAAAUGUGGGGAUGCUUGUCCCUGCAUUUCUCGGGAAGACAGAGGACUUUCACUCAAGUCUUGUCCAGUGAAUAGGUUAGAGAUUCAUAAUUUUCAAGGAACAAUGAAAGAGAUGGCCAUGAUAAAGCAUUUCUUGGAAUAUUUUCCGAGUUUGAAGAGGUUUGACGUCUUCGUUGAAGAUGAUGAACCUACACAGCUCAGAAACACUGAAUUGUUUAACUGUGUCGUGGAGAUGUUCAAAAUCUACAACAAGUUGUCGCCGAGCUGCAAUCUCCGGCUCCGGGUUUAG